AUGUCAAAUAGAUUAACAUUAGAUGAAGCAAUAAGAAUUGUUGAAGAAUGGGGUGGUCCACUUUUAUGGCAAUGCGAAAAAUUACAUACAUGGCAAACAUCUUUUAAUGUUAUCAAAUACCAAAAUACUUGGUGUCCUUAUUAUGUAAGAGAUAAACGUAAAUUAACACUUGAGGAUGCAAAACAAUUUGCCUUUAAUAAAUGUCUUUCUACGAAAUAUAAAAAUAGCAAAAACCUGCUUUUAUGGGCAAUGUAA